CGUGACGCUACAGCUGAUUUCCUCGGCUUUCUCCGUGUGUGUGUUUGUUGUGCCCGUCUUGCUCGUCGUUGAGACACCAUGGAUCACAGCGGCUUCGCUUCGUUGUCGUUUUCGGCCUUUUGACACGAAGCCACUUUGUUUUCGUCUUCCUUUUUCGUGUAAAAACUGACUGCGGUAUGGCACAGGCGGCCCACAUUAACCUGCUGGAGCUCAGCUGCCCCGUGAAGGUGGAGCACGACAGGAAGAGAAGGCAGUUUACUGUCAGGCUGAACGGCUCACAUGACCACGCUGUCUUGCUGUAUGAAUACAUUGGGAAAAAGAUGGUUGAUCUGCAGCACACCGAGGUGCCUGAUGCCUACCGAGGAAGAGGGAUUGCGAAGCACUUGGCAAAGGCGGCCAUGGACUUUGUCGUCGAAGAAGAUCUGAAAGCCCACCUGACCUGCUGGUACAUUCAAAAGUUUGUUAAGGAGAACCCGCAGCCUCAGUACUUGGAGCGCAUCCUGCACUGACGUCCCCACGGACCAGACAGGCUGCACUGGGACCACUAAGCCCCCUUCGGGAUGAAUGCGGCUCGCUGGUCGGCACUCUAGACGCUCAGACUUUUCUCCUUGGAGCUCACUGCCGGUUCAGGCUCUUGGCACGAGAAGAGGCGCCAGCCACGUACCACCCGGCCAACCGCUGCCUCACUUGAAGGGCUAAGGCUCCCCGGUGAUCUUUUGUACAAUUGUAGCCGAAAAAAAACUGAAAAGUAGCAGCGUAGCUUGUGUUGUUUGGAUCAAAGGAGCGUGUGCCAUGGGCUUCAUACCAGCGCAGCGAGAAGGCGGCUCAGACGCCAAGGCCUCUCUCUGCCCAAGUGGACCUUCACGGACCAUCGAAGGAACAGCUCAGUGGUACAAACACACGGCGAGGAAAAGGAAACUGCCGGCUACCGUGGGCAUCUAGCAAACGGCCUGGUGGUCUCACGGCACUGCCGUUAACUCUCAGGAGGUCUCUCACCCAGCCUCGUUCAGCUGGCACUCCUUGCAUCCAUCGGGCACCGACUCGUGUGUGAACUGCUAGUACUAACCGAUAACCCGCUGGUGUGAGUGACGGGCGGGCGCUGCUGGAGUGGUGACGUCAAGUCGCAGGUCAGCUCUCAACAUGGAUUCUGCUGUUCCUCCGCGGCGGUUGGCAAGAGAGUGCCACCCCGCUAGUUUGUCUCUUUUCCUAUUCCUGUCUCAAGCAGCUCCUCAGCGUCCUUUGGUCGCAGAGCCCACACUUGUAAAGUUGGCUCACAUUGGACCCUCUGCUUUACCCCCAAGUUCACAGCACAGCUUUGACUUGCAUGAAACCGGAUGUGACGUCCGAGCAGCAACUUGCCAGCCGACCCACAGACUGAUGGCUGCGCCUGCCCCUUGAAGGAGAGGUGCUUGGUGUUUAUGUGCCCGCUCAGGUCGAGGGGGGGCACAGUGGGUGGCAGGGAGCAGCUUUCUCCACAUCACUAGCCUUGCUCAUUGUGCUCCUGCUGAUGAAGAGGAGUCGAGUCGAGCAGAUGCAACGCCUUAUCACCUUGUUUGACUCUUUGAUUCACCAAACAAAGUACUGGCGAUGGCAACAAAAUGGGGCAAGAGUGGCACAGCAGGCCCUCGACCACCCAAACCUGCUAACCCUUCUCCUUUUUAAAAAUGGGGGGACAAAGAGUCAGGUGGUCUGUCAUCCGAAUGUGCCAGUUGGGCCUCUCAUAAGUGCCAUCUUUGCCCCCUGCGAAGGGCCUGUCUGAAUGGCAUUGCCAGGGGGGUCAGAACACUCUGCUGUCUUCCACACUUGGGACUUGCUGCUUUGAGUUGAAGUGUGUGUGUGUGUGUGUGUUUUACUUGAUUACGACACUUCAGGUGCUCACGUGGAGAGAUGUGCCACACCUGUGUGUGUGUUAUGCACUUCAGAGGGCACAUCCAGUGUCAGGAGGGUCACGAUGGCAGUCCUCCAAUCACCCUGCAGCCGGUGGUCCGACACUUGAUGUGAAAAAGGGCUGCGCUGACUGUCGGCACCUCACUCACCCUGCGUCCUCGUCACUUGCCCGCUGGCCCCUUGGCACUUGAGCACGUGUGUCCCUUCAGGAUGUCGUGGCUGGCGAAGCAAAGCCAAGGUGUCAGCCACCCUUGCAGUCGGUUGUCCCUCCCUUCACCCCCACAUCCUCUGUGUUUUCCCUCAAGUGCUAUUUGACUGUUACUUACGGGCAGUGGAGGGUCCACGGUUACCUGUUCACCAAAGUGUCAGGGGGUGGCAGCGUCCCCCAAGAGGUGUCCUGUUGUAGCACUCGCCUUUAGCUGGCUUACCUGUAAAGGAAGCUCUGUGUGUGUGUGUGUGUGUUUGCUGCACAAGUCUCACUUUGGUGAUGUUAAUGGCUGUGUGCCCGCCAGCACGUGUGCCACUAGGACAGGCUUGUAGCCUUCCAGUGAUCAAACGAGUUCCACAAAAUGGACGGACAGAAUGUUAAUGUUCAGGUAACCCCCCCCCAGAAUGAGCACACUACUGGUCUGGCCUGCUGUCCAGUGACCCUCGCACAUUGUGAAGGUGCCAGGCUAGCGCUUACCCAGAACGUGCCCAGUGAAGGCUGUGAUGUGCAGGAGAUGGUGAGGCGCUUUCUGUCUCUCUGACUGACUGAUGCGGAGUCUUUUGUGAAGCUCAGCCUUUGUGGCACCAAAUGUAAAGCGACGGACCACCUUGAAGGGGGCGGGGGGGCCGUAUGGAUCAGGUCUUCUCGGACCAUCUGCCCCACCCUGGGUGGCCCUGCAGGACUUUGCCCCGUGUGAUGCCUCGCCCGCUGAUUCUCCACUCUGCGUGAGUUUUGGAGGUCGCCAGCUUUCCAAGAACUUUCCUGCGGAUUUGUAAUACUUUGUGUCUUUCCUUUCCUUUCCUUUUCUUUUUAAUUGUGUAACUUUGAUGGUAUUUUUACUCCUAGCUGGUUUUUUAAGCCGCCUGUUUUUCACAUUUCUAAUAAAUCUUUCUCUUGACUCUUC